GGUCAUCUGACAACCAUCUCGCUGGCCGUGACGACAGAAAUUUCUACACAACGACAAAAACGGAAUCUUUUGUGUACAAGCGAAACCUACAUAAAUAGUUUACGAAUUUUUGUCAUAUGAAAGUUUCACAAGAAAAAGACAUCUGACUAAACCGGAACUUUAACAAAUUAGUGGCUUAACUAGUGCUUGAUACCAAAAUGUCAACUCCAGCUAGAAGACGCCUGAUGAGAGAUUUCAAACGCUUACAAGAGGACCCACCUACAGGGGUGUCAGGAGCUCCCACUGACAACAAUAUCAUGAUCUGGAAUGCUGUGAUAUUCGGCCCCCAUGACACUCCAUUUGAAGAUGGUACAUUCAAGCUAACAAUAGAGUUCACAGAAGAAUACCCAAACAAACCUCCCACGGUUCGGUUUGUGUCUAAAAUGUUUCACCCCAAUGUAUAUGCAGAUGGAGGAAUAUGCUUAGACAUUCUGCAAAACAGAUGGAGCCCAACAUAUGAUGUAUCAGCUAUAUUAACUUCUAUACAGUCAUUACUAAGCGACCCUAACCCCAAUUCACCUGCAAACUCCAUGGCAGCACAGCUUUAUAAGGAGAACCGGCGGGAAUACGAAAAACGGGUGAAAGCAUGUGUAGAACAAUCAUUUAUUGACUAGCAGGGGUCAGCCAGGAUCUCAGUUCCAUGUGGUGUACUCAAUACCUGCGCUGCCGUACACACCGGCCAAUACCUCCUUAUAAAUUUCAUUGGGACAUCCAUGUAAAUUAUAAUUACAUACAUACACCAAGUUAUACUGCAAAGUAUACCAGAUAAAUAAUAAGUUGGGUUUUGGUAAACUAAUUUUAUUAAUUCAUAGGAAAACCAAAAUUCGAGUCAACAGGUAAUAUAAAUAAAAAUAACUCAUAAAAUUCAACUAUCACUGACAAUAUUAAAGCUUACUACCAAUAACAUUAAGAUUAGUGUCAGCAUUAGUUUCAAAUAUAUUAUCAUCUCAUGUGUGAAAUUCUUAUUUUCAUAGAUAAACUUUAGAGCCCUUUUUGUCUCACCAUUUCAUGACUUCCUAUAAAGCCUUAAAUGGAAUGAGGUUGUUAUAUUGAUAAAUCAAGAUGUUUCAAUAGAACUGUUUGAAACAUUUAGUUCAAAUGUAUGAACUUCUAUCAGGCAUAAUGCUUGCACACAAUGAAAACUUACAAAAAGCUUUGCUUGUCUUUUCUAGAGUCUGGUAGAUUGAGAAGCAAUUCUUGAGAACUACUUAAACAAUUUUGUAACUCUUAGCAUACACAAUAACUUUAACAUUUUCUUUCUAAUUUAGUGCUGCUUUGUCCUAGAUUUCAGUUUUGGAAUACUUGUAUUUUAUUAUUGAUGAACUAUGUACCUAUACAUUAAUGUAAAGUAGAAAUUAUAA